UUUUCCUUUUUAGCGUUUGGCUUAAAAGAGAAAACCCAUAUGCAAGGGUGUACUGUGAAUGGUUAAUAUAGGAAGUGCUUCAUGCAAGUUUUGUUUUCUGUCAUAUCAAUAUUAUUUAUUUAGAAGUCUGAUUCGUGAUUAUGCUUUAUUUCAGGAAUAACGUUUUGGCGCGACAAUUUUUCAUCCAGUGCCUCUUGAAGGAUCGAUCUCAACAGCCGUGGUUUACGAACACGCCUUUCUCGGGAUAUCAGGCCGUCGAUAUCUCUUUUAGAACACCUGCCAGCCGGUCUAAGCUCUCUCCUCCGAUAGCAAGCACGAAUCAUGCCUUCCCUUAGAGGAAUUUAGCAGAAACCAGUCGUUUUGUUACACAAUCAAACCAUUUAGACCGACCACGAGGUCCUUCUGCGUGUCAUUGUUUUCCUCCCAAAGACUGCUCUCACGCCGCUCAUGGCUGGACGAGCAACCGAUGAACCUUAGUGCUUUACACCUUGCUGAUUAAUCGAGCUUUUCCUUAGUGCUCUUACGUUCAUCUCCACUUCACAAGGCGUCGAGGUUUCUUUUGAGACAGCUGUCAGCGUGUGGUAUUAUCGACUCUAAAAAGAUUCCGGGCUCUGUUUGUACGAGUUAUGCCCUCCCCAAGAAACUAUUAGCAGAAACAGUAUAGUGCAACAUUUUCUGGACUAAUAAAAAGAUCCCGCCAUAUUAAGUAGCUAGAGAUCUCCCCGCCCACUCUGUUUCUGACGCCACAAUUCUCUCGUUUAUCUCUUCGCUGACUCAUUGGUCACUGACCUUUCCAAAAGACCAGCCAAUUGUCCGCUUGUACGCAACACCCCCUUGGAAACAGAAAAGAAGCAAAAAUUUUGCCAUUAUCUUCUUUACUCUGCAAUCUCCAGUGGAAUGACAAAGUCAGUGACGAACGCAUCAAGUACGGGAUCAGAUGACCAUGUCUCCAGGAUUUGGAUGUAUGGAACGCCAAUGUUCCUUAUUCUUGCAUUGGGAGUUGUUGGGAACGGUCUCGCCAUCGCUGUGUUAUUCAGGAAGCAGCACAGAAAUAAGAUCAUUGUGCCCUUCAUGAUAAACAUUGCCAUGGCAGACAUGUUUAUCGUGGUCGCCAGCUACCCGGUUUUUAUAUACGAUAACAUUUUCAGAUAUCCCGUGAAUGACUUCAAUUAUCGUUGUGUUUGGUAUGGGUUAUCAAACUGCUGCAUAGGCAUGGCGUCCAUCGGGAGUUACGCAUUGAUUUCUGUUCUAGUGUAUAAAACCAUCGCUAGCAACCCGAUGCAAAAAAACAACGGCUUAUCGGUUAGGUUUCGUAACGUUCUCCUCGUGGCUAUCUGGAUAUAUGGUAUCUUGUGUGCACUUCCACCACUGCUUGGCUGGAAUUUAUAUAUUCGAGGCCCAGAAGGUCUUAGCUGUGGUCCUGUUUGGGUGACCAGGAGGGCUGAUUACAUCGCGUAUAACAUCACCCUUGUGGUGGUUGGAUUUGUUGUUCCUGUCAGCAUCAUGGGUUUUUCUUACUUUAAGGUACUCAGGUUUUUCUUUAAACAAGGUUUGCCUAAUCACAACAUCCUAAGAGCAUCUUGGGCUCUUUAUCAGCGCAGAGUAGCUUGUAUGGUGGGUUUAUCAAGUGCCGCCUUCCUCCUUAGCUGGUCCCCCUACUGCUUUGUCUCCGUAGCAUCCAUGGCAACAGGAGAGCACGUGUUAGCAGCCAGUACCGCGAUGUUCCCGGAGCUGAUGGCAAAGGCUUCAGUGAUAUACAAUCCCAUGGUUUAUACUGCGAUGGAUACAGGCUUCAGGAAGGGACUUGUUAAAAUGCUCGGUUUCAAGAAGGAGAGAUAUGUAGUCAAUUUACCAAAAGGACGAAACUAGGUGAGAUUCGCCAGAAACACUAUGAUGAGAGAUCAUCACAACUUUGUUAUAAUGCUCAGGUUCAAGAAAGAGAGCUAGAUUUAAAUUAUUUUCGUGCCUGCCAAUAAAUCCUCUUGAAGAAUUUUAAACGACUUAGCUGUUGGAUUGUUGGUUGUUGUUGUUCGUUGGCAAGAAUUCGCAUAAUGUUUUACUGCAAUAAAAUACUCUGUAUAAAGA